AUGCAGCCUACCGCCACCGAGCCGCAAAUCUCCGAAAAAGUGCCUAACGGGGAAUUGACGGCUGCGGGGUCUCAGGCGGCUGCCCAUGCGGUGAACCUUCUAUUUGAGGACAUAGAUGCGCUAGCCACUGAAAACGCACUCCUCACGGAACAAGUCGCAGCUCUUCAGGCAAGCUUGCGGGAAAGCGGAGAUCGUUUUGCUUUCCUUCAGUCGUUAGCCCAGCAGCAGCAGCAACAAAACCGAUGUGAAAUUGCAGCUGUAGAUUCGAAAGGUUUCUCUUUGUUAGCAGCUGCAGAAGACGACAAGCUCAGCUGGGCAGACGUGGCAGCACCAGUCACUCAGGACGCCGGCAGCAGCGAUCGAACUUUAACGGGCGACAAAGGGUUGCAAGUGCUGCUCCGCAUGCGGCCACUAAACCAGUUGCAGCACAUCCAUCAGGCAGAGGAGGACUUCGAAGUUCCCACUGAGGAACAGGAGCUUGAGGACGUGGAAGCCAGCAGUGAGAGGCAGCAGCCGGAGCAGCCAAUAGCACUGCAGCCGGAAGGGCUGGCGCGUAGCAAAGAUACAAUGCACUUCGACCAGUACUUCUCCCCACAAAGUGCCAGUGCCGCAGAGGGAAGCCCCGCAACAGCAAUAGCAGAAACAGCAGUAACUGCAGUUGUUACUAACGGACCCGCUGAAGAAGCUGCUACCAAGUCUUCCGGCAUAGCCCGCUCCCUUGGGCUGAGCCCCUUUCGCUUCUUUGGAAGAAGCGGCGCCUUGAGCAGGCUGUACGGCACAACGCCUAUCUCUAAGGCUGCUGUAUCGCCAGCGGUUCCUCCCGUUGCUGCUGCGGUUGCUGCUGCCGGCACCUACGGAUUUGGCUGCAAAAGCCCCAUUGAUGGAUAA